AUGAGCAAACUUCUGACCGUCUUUGGGGCGACCGGACUCCAAGGGGGCUCUGUAAUCAAGUAUAUCCUCGGACAUCCAGAGCUGUCGAAAGUCUUCCGACUUCGCGGAGUCACUCGGGACGUCUUCAAGGCAUCUGCACAGACUUUGAGAGAGAAGGGCGUUGAGAUGGUCCAGGCAAAUCUCAAUGACCCGCCGUUACUAAUCAAAGCAGUGUCCGGAUCCGAUAGUGUGUAUGCGAUGACAAACUGUCUGUACCCAUUCCUCCCAGCCUCUGCUGCCAUCGAGAUCGCCCAAGGGAAAGCCGUCGCCGACGCCUGUGUAGCAGCAGGGGUGCCGCAGAUAAUCUGGUCCACCCUUCCGAAUACAACGCUAAUGUCGAAAGGGGAGGUCCGCGGGGCGGAGCACUUCGAUAGCAAGGCAGAAGUGGAGGAAUAUAUUCGCACUUUAGAUAUAAAGAGUACGUUCUUCAUGGCUGGCUGGCUCAUGCAGAACAACCUGGGAAGGUCAAAACCGCAGUUUGUUUCGCCCGGAAAGUACACCUGGUGGUGGAUAAAUCUGGACCCGGAUACUCGUAUUCCUCUAAUGGAUAUGAGAGAUGUAGGGAAGUUCAUAAGCCCAGCACUUUUGGAUCCGGAAUUGUAUGACAAGAAGAGAUUAACCUGCGCUACGCGAUACUAUACUCUACAAGAGAUAGCAGACACGUGGACAAAGGUAACGGGUAAGAACGUCCGCCUCACACAAUCUGCGCCUUCUGCGUGGCCAGUCGCACUGCAGAAGAGACUGCAGGAGAUGAGAGGUUUGUACUCGGUCUACGCAUACUUUGGUCCCACUGGGCCAACAGAUCUGGACUGGACAUUAGAACAGGUGACUGAGAAACCGACAAGCUGGGAACAGUUCGUACAGGACCAUGAGCCCUGGUUUGAAGCGUAG